AGGUACCACCAUGGUAAAGUUUCUACUGCUGGCUUUGGCAUUUGGUCUGGCUCAUGCUCAUGCUGAGAUUGAUGGAAAAUGGGUUACCAUUGCCAUUGCUGCUGACAAUGUGAACAAGGUAAAGGAAGGAGGACCUCUGAGAAUCUACCUUCGUGAACUUAAUUGUACUGAGGCAUGUAAUAGAUUGGGAGUCACAUUUUAUAUCAAGGCGAAUGGCCAAUGUACAAAGACCACAAUCAUUGGGAAUAGACAAGAAGAUGGCAAGUAUAGAGCACAGUUUGAAGGUGACAACACAUUUGGACCUGUGUAUGCAACACCAGAGUUUACAAUCUUUGCCAAUCAUAAUGUGGAUAAAACUGGCCAGACAACAAACAUGAUUUAUGUUUAUGGAAGAGGUCAACCUUUGACCCCUGAACAAUAUGAAAAAAUUGAGGAAUUUGCUAAGGUCCAUAACAUUCCAAAAGAAAACAUUCAAGAUGUUCUGGCUACAGGUGAUUGGCACACUAUUGCCAUAACAGCCACAGAGAUUGACAUUAUCACUGAUGAUGGACUGCUGAAACUCUUUUUCCGCCACCUUGAGUGUAUUAUGGGAUGUCAGGAGAUCAUCCUGACGUUCUAUGGCGAGGUGGAUGAAGAAUGUGAAAAGUUUGAAAUCAAAGCACAAAAAGUGUACUUAAGGAAUUUUACUUUUACUUGUGAGUAUGUGACCUUUCUGGAAAAUUUUAAUUCCUUGGUGCUGGCAUCAUCCCACAACUGGAGCCUGAAAGAAUCUCUUCUUCCAGUCUCCCACUAG